ACAAAGUAUGGCGUCCGCCACAAAACUCUGUGAAAGGCGAUCGUGGUUGGUGUUUCCAUGAAAUUCUCAUGCUCAAAAGAAAAGCACUGUGCCGGAGCUCUGAUGAGGUUCCUCCCACCAAGCUGAGCUGCCCACCGGCCAUGAGCGAAGUGGACGCUCGUUCGUCCUGCAGUGCUGCCAGCACCAGCCAUCCCCGGAACAAGAUGGACGUGGUCUGCAUGAUCGACCUGAUCACCGGAACAGGUGCUGCAGGGGGCCGUCUGGCACAGCGCAAGGCUGCGUUUGAGGAAAUCAAAAAGGCAGCUAGCUGUGUCGGGGCCACGCUGCACGAGCUGCCCUUUAAGAAGCUCGAUUUUGGGGAGUCCGCCGGACUGGACCUGUUCUACAACGCAGACGUUGCCCUCAUCGAUAUCUCCGUAAAGGACCAGCGGAACCAGAUCUUCUACCAACUGGGUGUGCGUGAAAGCGUUGGCAUGAAGCAGAACAUGAUCCUCUGCAAUGACCACGCUUCCGGCGAGGCAUACUCCAUAAAGAUUGCCUGCCCGAGCUACCCACUGACAACUUACAAGGUGAACGAAGCUGGUGUCUGCGUCGUCACUGAAACACUCGGGAUGGCCAUUGUUUCUGAGGAAACGGUGGAGUCCAAGCAGACCCUUUUUGCCAAGCUCAAAAGGUUCCUCCAAGAUGUUGAAGUACAAACCAAAGCCCAUAUGAGGGAGAGGUUUCUUGUCGACCUGCGGAAAGCACGCGAGAUCUACCCUGAUCCUGAAGAAUAUGCUAAGGUGGUACGAAGCUUCAGGAAGCGGCUGGACGACCCUCACAUCAUAUCCGGGGAUGUUGUGCUGAGCAUGCUCCUUUCCUUGAGAGACAUUCAGGAUUACGAUGCGAUGGUAAAGCUGGUGGAUGACCUAAAGGCAGUGCCAAACUUGAAGUUCUUGUCAUCAGCAGCCAUCCAGCAUGCAUAUGCAUUUGCAUUAAAUAGGCGUAACCGGCCUGGUGAUCGCGAGCUUGCCUUGGAGGUGAUUAAGUCUGCACUGCAGAAGAAGGAAAAUCACGUGCCGGACAUCCUGUGCUUAUGCGGGCGCAUCUACAAGGACAAGUUUGUCGAGUCAGACUACGCGGACCAGGAGAGCCUCAAAAACGCCAUUCACUGGUAUCGCAGAGGAUUCGAGGUCCAACCCAACGAGUAUGCCGGCGUGAACCUGGCCACACUGCUAGUCAUCGACGGACACGAGCUGUCGGAGUCAACAGAGCUGCAACAUAUUAGCCUGCGGCUCAACAACCUCAUCGGGCUGAAGGGCUCGCUGGACAACUUGUUGGACUACUGGGACGUGGCCACCUUCUUCGAGAUUAGUUUCCUGGCUGAGAACUACACCAAAGCCAUCCAGGCAGCCGAAUGCAUGUUCAAGCUGCAGCCACCUGAAUGGUUCUUGAAAUCAACAUUCAACAACAUCAAGCUCAUCAGCCAUUUCCGGAAAAGGCCCGAGGACGUCGAGAGAAGUGCGGAAGAGCAGGUGUUUGACUUCUGGGUGGAUUUUUUUGUUGCCACUUACUCAGCAGACUUGGAGAACACCAUACGUUUUCCUAUUUUGAUAUUGGAACCGACCAAAGUGUUGAUGCCCAGCUACGUGACAGUCAACAUGGGUGCCGAAGAGAAGUCUCUCGAGAUCAGAAACGUCUGCCUUGACACGCUUAAGGGAAAGUGCCGCAAGAUUCACGAGUGGCUCUUCACCGCCUCUUCCAUCCGCAGUAUUAGCCAGUACAAGCGAGAGGAACGGUGCCUGUUCCUGUACGUGCACCAAAACUCUGAUGACUUCCAGAUGUUCUUUCCGACACCGGCACUCAAGAACCGCUUCUACGACCUCGUCCUGGCCCUGACAGAAAACCAGGAAGGAGUGGUCAUGGACAUAGACCUCGACGACGGAUCAGGAUGUAUUCGGUUUGAGUAUGAGAUGGAUGACCAGGGUCGGCGCAUUGUCCUGGGCAAAGGCACGUACGGGGUGGUGUAUGCGGCCCGCGACCUGACCACCCAGGUGAAGAUUGCCGUCAAAGAGAUCCCGGAGGAGAACCUGAGUGAAGUGCAGCCCUUGCACGAGGAGAUCAAGCUGCACUCCCAGUUGCACCAUCGUAAGAUAGUGCGCUACUACGGUUCCAUCAGCGAAAAUGGAUUUGUCAAGAUCUGCAUGGAGCGUGUGCCCGGAGGGAGUCUGUCCCAGCUCCUGCGGUCAAAGUGGGGUCCUUUGAACAACGAGACUGCUAUUGCCUUCUACACCAAGCAGAUCUUGGAAGGUCUCAAGUACCUGCAUGACCAGAGAAUAGUACAUCGUGACAUCAAAGGUGACAACGUGCUGGUGAACACGUAUAGCGGUGCCAUCAAGAUUACAGACUUCGGCACUUCAAAGCGUCUUGCAGGCAUGAACAUGGUGACGGGCACCUUCACAGGAACGUUUCAAUACAUGGCACCUGAAGUGAUUGACAAUGGCCAGAGAGGUUACGGUGCACCGGCUGACAUCUGGUCAUUGGGAUGCACAGUCGUAGAGAUGGCCACCGGCAAGACUCCCUUCAUCGAGCUUGGCACACCACAGGCAGCUAUGUUUAAAGUGGGGUGCUUUAAGAUCCAUCCUGAGAUCCCAUCAUCCUUAUCAGAGAAAGCCCAGAAGUUCAUAAAAAGGUGCUUUGAACCAGACCCUGCAAAACGGGCCACUGCUGCGGAACUUUUAGAAGACCCAUUCAUAACAGAUAGCAAAAAGAAAACGCGGCCUCCUGCUCCCGACUUCAGCCGAAGCAUAUCAGUUCCGGCCGAUCGUGUACACAAGAUGGACAAGCCGGAGCGCAUGUCUCGGUUCGCCAGCACCGGGGAGGACGGAGAUGAGCAAGCAGUCGAGUUUAACUCGGAUCGAGGCUACGGCUCCUGCGAGGCUAGCCCGACCACCUUAAGCCAGGCAAAGCGGGUGCUCCCACGGAUUCCCCGGCCCGAGCGAUUUGACCUGUCCCAGAGCUCCGCAGCGGCCACAAGUCCAACGGAUGCAAUUCCACGGUCACCCUCAACAUUUUCCUUUGGUUCUGAAACGUCGGAGGGUGGCAUGCGACGCUGCAGCUCUGGCCUACUGAGCCCGCCCGUGGAUGGCUCGUCCGUGGACCAGGAGUCGGGCGGCUUCUACCUCCUCAAAAAGGACUCACAGCGGCGGCAGACCAUCUUGCGCGUACUCGAGGAAAACGGUGGCACAAUCUGUGACAUAUGGAUGAAUAAGCUGCAUCAGGAUAGUGGUGACGACCUGGUCAUUACAAAGGAACAACUUGUGUCUCUCAUUGAUGGCUUCAAAAACUACAUCCCAGAGCAAAACAAGACUGGCCUCCAGCACAUUAUUGGAAAGAUAAAGCAAGAAGUCAACCACGACCAAAAGGCCUUCAACCAGCUUACAGUGGCAUUGUAUCUUUUCCAGAGUGCGGUGAAUGAAGUGCUUCGGAAUCAGAACAUCAAACCACACUGGAUGUUUGCGUUGGAUGCUCUCGUCAUGAACGCAGCUCAAGUGGCCAGUGAAAUCCUGUCUUGUGGUCAGGAAGACCAAGAAGAUAACGACAUUGAGGACGCGGAGUCCACUUCUGGCGUGUCGACCAUCAACUCCAGCAAGUCCCGCAGUGCGGCUUUGCAAAAGCAGCUGGCCCUAGCCAUCCCUUCAGAAGAGACCCAACGGGUCAUAGAUGCCAUCCAGAUGAGUGAGCAGCUGUACCAGGACUUGCUAAGGAAGCUUCUUGACAGUCGGUCACAGCAGCGAAGCUUUGUGGAGGGCUGCCUAAGCCAGAACACGUUCCUUCAUCCAUCGGGGAGCAGAGAAUCAAGCGUCACAAUAUCUGGUCCAUCAUCAUCUGUUCCUUCUGCCUCAGCUGGCGUCCAUAGGCCUGAAACUCACUGCGAUGAAGAUCUGAUUCGCUGGCUACAAGACCUUGGCAUGGAUACAGAGUGCAUAGAAAGGUUUGCCAGAGAACAGUUCACGAAAGAGGAUGUGCUGCUCUUGAUGACGAGAGAUGAUCUGCGAAGGCUCGGACUCCGGUUGGGUCCCGAACUCCGCAUUUGGAAAGCCAUACAGCAGCAUCGGGACAGGUUGUCCUGAGGAUAGACCGGUCUAGGAAACAAGGAUACUGUGCGAAGUCUUCAGAAGCACCGGCAGUGAAAUCUCCCCCUCGCGAGUGAUGGGUCGACGCAGUCACUGUGGCCAGCCGAAGCAAGAAGCCAGGGGAUAGAUGUCAGAUACGUCCUUCAUUGGGAGUGGGUCGGGUACUGAAGCAACAGAGCCGUGUGCCGCAGUGGCUGCCUUCCAACAAGCAAACUGAGUGAGGGCAGUUGCAGCGCGUACCGAGACUUCCCGCUGUACAGUCUCGGUACACAAAGUUUCCCGAGUGAACCCCGGGCACUAUGGAUGCAGAAACUCCCUGUUUUAAUUCAAUUUGUAGGAAUAAUUAGUGCAGGGAUUUUCUUUUGCUGCGCUGCGCGGGCUUUGCACAUCCUCGGGAGUUUCUUCGCCCAACUCCCUGCAGAUCAGUUGUUUACGCCCAAUCCAUUUGACUCAUUUAUGUAUUUGCUCAUGUAAGGCUCAUAUUCCCGUCAAAAAGAGUUGGGUUAUCUCGCUUACAUUAAGCGUGCAACAGGCUUAGGACACUAUGGGUGUUCUGUCGGUUCAAUGCUCAAUUUAUCGAAUUUCGAUAUCUCGGCGCACAGGGAUGGAUUAUGAGAAAAACCUUAAAUGUAGUGUCACAUGUUCAGAAGCAUCGAUGUAUCAUUUGAAAUUGAGAAAGUGUCCUGCACAGUAGAGCUAGCAUAGUGACCUCAACCAAAGGAUGAAACAGGUCAUGUUUUUUGCUCAUCUAGACCCACUCAACAGCAUGUCUGUGUAAACAGCUAGUUCAGAAAUGUAGCCAACAUUAGGACAGAGCUCUACAGCUCUUGGACUUGUGGGAACACACGUGCUCAAUCAUUCACUCUAGGAUGUGGCCUUCAGAAAUGACAUAUCCUAAGCCUUGUCCUCGUUUCAAGGAUAUCUUUUUUUUUUAGCUAUGUCUACCAUUUUUAUGUACUAACAGAUUGGUAUGAAGCAUGCUGUCGUAAUUGCUUUGUGGUCACUUCGAGCAGGCUUUUCAUCAUAGCAGAGGUAUUGUAAAACGGUGAAACAAGUCUCCAAGCUGCAGUUCAGGGCAAGGGUGAGAGCAGAAUUUUUUUUUUCAGGGGAGAGGGUGAAGUGCGAGCAAAAUGUGCUUUUUUCUGGCUACGUUUCUGGAUCAUCCUCUAUAUGUUUGCAGAUUGCUUAAA